AGAUUCGGCUCAAGGGUUUUCCCCUCCCUCUCCCUCUCCACCUCCCCCUCCCUCUCCAGGGGGAAGUUUGGGGAAGUCCGGAUUUGUACGGUGAAGGACUCAGACCUCAAGUUGGCCGUGAAGAUCAUCAAGAAGCAGGGCCCCAAAGACACGGAAAAUGCCCAGGCGGAGAUCGACGUGAUGAACCAGCUCAACCACCGGAACCUCAUCCAACUCUACGACGCCAUCGAGACGCCCCGAGAGAUCAUGCUCUUCAUGGAGUUCGUGGAAGGGGGAGAGCUCUUCGAACGGAUCAUCGACGAGGAUUACCAACUGACCGAAGUGGAUUGCAUGGUGUUCGUGCGGCAAAUCUGCGAAGGGAUCCUCUUCAUGCAUCAGAUGAGGGUGCUGCACCUGGACCUCAAGCCCGAGAACAUCCUGUGUGUGACGGCCACUGGGCACAUGGUGAAGAUCAUUGACUUUGGAUUUGCCCGCAGGUUCAACCCCCGAGAAAAAUUAAAAGUUAAUUUUGGCACCCCGGAAUUCCUGCCGCCAGAGGUGGUUAGCUACGAGCCGGUCUCCUACAGCAGCGAUAUGUGGAGUAUGGGGGUGAUCGCAUAUAUGCUGCUGAGUGGUUUUUCCCCUUUCCUGGGGGACAAUGACACGGAAACCCUCAACAACGUUCUCCUGGCGGAGUGGUAUUUCGACGAGGAGGCCUUUGAGGGCAUCUCGGAUGAAGCCAAAGACUUUGUCUCCAACCUGAUCAUCAAGCAAAAAGGCGGGAGGAUGAGCGCGGCCCAGUGCCUCCAGCACCCCUGGCUCAACAACCUGGCCGAGAAAGCGAAGCGAGUCAACCGGCGCCUCAAGUCUCAGGUUCUGCUCCGGAGAUACGUCAUGCGACGCCGCUGGAAGAAAAACUUCAUCGGCGUUUGUGCUGCCAACCGAUUCAAGAAAAUCACCAGCUCCGGAUCCCUGACCGCGCUCGGGGUUUGA